ACCUGACUAACACGAUCAGAUAAGACAGAUUCACACUGAUCUACUCACAUCCACCUUUUAAAGCAUGAACGGUGCCAGAAAGCCCUGCACUGAUUAACAAGCUGCCUGCCUGCAGCGCUGGACAAAGUGACAGAUGACAGAUGUAACAGAAGCUCAGUGUUUACAAGGACACACAUGCAAACCAACAUUUUAUCCUUCAUGUAGAGAUGGAGGACUUUGAGCAGGAAGGCAUCGACGAGGAACUGAUUGAGUUUGCCAUUCGAGAGAGCAUUCAGGAUGCCUUCAGGCCGCCGUGUUCAUCACAGAUAAACAGGAAAGAGCCCAGUGAAGCCUUUAUGAGGAUAAUGUCAGCCAUUUACAAAGGUGACGUGUUCGCGCUGCAGGAGCUGUCAGCUUGUGUGUCUGCCUUCAAAGAGAGCGACAGCAGGGGCCGGCUGCUGCUGCACACAGCAGCUGUGCAGCCACAGCAGGAGAUCCUGCGUGUGGUGCUGCAGGUGGCGGUGACAUCCACAGACCUGACCCUGGAGGAGCAGACGGAGGAUGGGGACACGGCUCUGACUCUGGCGGCCGAGGCCGGCUCGGUGGAAAACGUCAGGAUGCUCCUGCAGCACGGGGCUUCACCUCACAACACCAACAGCAGGAACGAGUCUCCUCUGCUCAUCGCAGUGAGACAGAAGUCAUACGACAUGGCCUUAAUGCUCAUCAUGGGUGGGGCCUUUGUGGAGCAGGUGUGUCUCACUAAGUGGACGGCCAUCCAUGAAGCUGCAAAGGCGGGCUGUCCAGAGAUUCUGAUGCUGCUGCUUCGCCAUGGAGCCAAAGUGACAGCUCGAGACGGACAUGGGGUGACGCCUCUGGGGAUCGCAGCUAAUUACGGCAACACUGAAGCUUUGGACAUACUCAUACAGCAUGGUGGCGAUGUGAGUGCCCAGGCCAGCAACGGAGACACAGUCCUGUAUGAUGCAGCUGGAUCUGGAAACCUGGACUGUGUCAAGCUGCUCCUGGAGCACGGUGCUAACUCAAACGUGGCCAGCUACGCCUGCCAGCUGCCCAUCCACAGAGCUGCAUAUGAAGGACACAUACUAGUCCUGAGGACUCUCAUCCCCAUCACCACAAAAAAAGCUAUCCGUCUCUCGGGACAGAACCCCGUCCACUCGGCAGCUGACGGGGGACAGGUCGAGUGUCUGGAGCUGCUUAUACAGAAAGGAUAUGAUGUCAAUGCUCUGCUGGGAACACACAUCUCUGAGAACUACGGGGACCUCAGGAAGAGUCCGCUCUACUUUGCUGUUUGCAACGGUGACGUAACCUGUGCUGAGAUGUUGCUGGCAGCUGGAGCGAAAACAGACCUGGACCCACUGCGAUGCAUCCUGGUCGCUAUACGAGCUGAGAGGUAUGAGCUGGUGCAGCUGUUGCUGUCCUAUGGAGCGGAGGUGAAUUGUUACUUCAGAGUGAUCAGUAACACAGUGUUCCCCACCGCCCUGCAGUACUGCCUCAGGGACCAUGUGAUGCUGCGACUCCUGCUCAACAGUGGAUAUCAAGCUAACAAGUGUUUCCAAUGUUGCCAUGGUGACAGUGAAGAAAUGGACAGUACCUGGACUGAGCUCCAUAACCAAGCCUAUCAAAUAUACAGUCAAGCUAACGUCAUCUCAUUCUGUGAGUUCGUGUCGGUGUCAUGGCUGGCAAAUCUGGUGGGCAAGGUGGUGAGGAUGCUCCUGGACUACGUCAGCCACGUCAGCAUCUGUCCCGACCUCAAACGCAUCCUGGAGAGGGAGCCAGAGUGGGAUGAGAUCUCUGACAUGCUGAGCAAACCACGGUCUCUGCAGCACCUGUGUCGGCUGGUAAUCAGAGGACGCUUGAGCCUCAGGACGCUGAACAACCCUGAAGCCAUGGCUGCUGCUCCUUUUCCUCCAAGACUGAAGAGCUACCUGACCUACAGAGAGUACGACCUGUACGGCGACCUCUCCUCCACAUGAAACACAUUUGAUUCCUUCCUGUGUGACUAAAACAAUCACAGUGAAAAAGCACUUUUAAAUAUUUGAAUAUAUUUUUUCUUUCAUGUAUAUAUUUUGUCUCGCUUGCAGUGUGUGACUGUUCCUUUCAUGUGUCACAAAAGGUUAAACAGUUAUGGAUCUACUUAUUUAAUAAGAACAUGUCAUCUCCCUUGUCCUCAUUAGAAUAUUCAGCUAUGACAUCCAUCCUAGAUCAUUACAGGGUUGAAACUUAAAAAAUAGCAUUAGAAUGUUUUGUAUUUUGUAAUAAAAAAUGACAUUAAAAAAAAA